AAAAAAAAAAAUUUCUCAGUGUCCGCACGCACGGAACAAUUCGUCUUAAUCGUCCUUCACGUAGCAAUUUUUAUAUGCGGCCAGACCCUUUUUUUCAAGGUCUGACCAUGAAAACUACCAUGUACGUGAAUCUGACCAUGUAGACAGCCAAGGAACUACGGACAUCGCACUUCGCUCAGUCGUCAUUGGCUCGUUUGAACCACGUUCACUGCGCAAGCGAUUCGUCACAUUAUAAGUGUUCAUCGAGCGUGACUGGAGGCGGCAUUCGUGCGGACGCACCAGACACACUGAAGAACCAUCGUCAGCAACGGCUAAUCGACGAAGAAGCAACCGCUCGAGCUCAUACAAAUUUUCGAAAUACUGUGAGACAAUUUUACGGUAAAAUAUGGCGACCGCAACAACGCAAGUUCCUCAUUUGGUGGCCCUGGACCGAGUGAUGGGAUUACCCAUGGUCGAGUUGGCGCUCACAAAAUCCGCAGAAACUUAUUCCAGAGUAAAGAACUUUCACCGACUAAUGUACGGGGCGUUCACUACUAUCGAGAUGUCUUUGAAUACCGCAACGAAGCUGGCGAAGCCCAUCGCCAUGCCGAUCGCGACAAGACUUGGAAACCAAAUACAUUUCGUCGACGACAAGCUGUGUCGCGGUCUCGAUAAAAUCGAGGAAAAGGUGCCGCUGGUGAAGGAAAAGCCUGAGCAGAUUGUUCAAGAUACGUACAUACUUGCUUUUCAAACCAUUUCACCCGCGAUAAUGGGCGUUUCAUAUAUAAAUCACAUGAUUCUCGAGCAAGCGGAGAUUUUACGAGACGUCACCUGGAAGAAAACCAACCAAAUACUCGAUACGUACUAUGGUAACACGGCGGUAAAAGGCAUAGUCAGCACGGGUGUUCUCAUUGAUAAUCUCCUUGACGAUUAUUUCCCACCAAUAGACGGGGAAGAAAUGAUAGAUUUAAAAACAGCCGAGGAGGAUAAGCUGUUGCGUGUUUUGCAAACGAUCGGUUGCCUGACCACUAAAGCAACAAAACGCAUAUAUUCAUACGUGAUACAUCAUUUCGGCGUCGUCAAGAAGGAUUACUUGGUGCCUUACGUCAACCAAUUAGUCGAGUUUCUCUGUCUCACACGGAGUCUUCACGAGGCUAACGAGAAACAUAUCGAGAAAUGUAAGUCCGAAGAAGAGAAAGAUUUGACAAACGGAAAGGAAAAGACGAACUGAAAACACAAGUUUUUUUCUUGCAAAUUUUCCCGAUGCAUAGUUUUUAUUUAUUUUGAAUGUUCACAUGCGUUAAACGCAUUUCUCAAUUAUAAUUGCAUAGCAUACCGCUAGAAGUCAAAUUAACGCGAUUUCGCGCGAUACUUGCAGAUUCUUCGCGGCUGCGAAGGAAAUUGAGCUGUGAAAAGCACGCGCAACCUUUGAAAUUUCACGUUAUUAAUAGCAAUGCGACAUUGACAUUAUUGAAAUCAAAGCUACCGCAAGCCGUUGUACAAAUUGAACACCGCAUAUGGGCGCCGUGUGCGAAGGGAGUUGCUCCUUUAGUUACAAAAUUUACAGAAGUGAAAAAUAUGAGAAUCAUCGCAUAUUAGAAAUAUGUAAAAUAUUACAUGUCGUAACACACUCAGUAUUCAAUGGGAUUCGAUCUUCCACUUUUCACUAAACUGCCGAUCUUUCACGAACGUUCUAAUUUCAUCCCGAGAUGUCUCGUACGCUAGCGGUAGCUUUAGUUGAAAUUAUAUUAUUGUUGUCUGUGUUGGUAUUCAUUAUUACGUGCUAAUUUAGCCGAGAUACUGGAAAAUUAUAAAGAUUAUAAAUGAGUCUUCAUAUCUUAUGAUCGUAAAUUAGAACGGAUUAGAUAUUAACACAGAUUACGAUAGAACUGCGAUUAGAUAAAACUUCGAGCGGUAGAAGAAAACAUUUUCUUCUCUUUUCUAUAGAGCAGGAAUGUCGAAAAUAUAUCGUAGGAAUAUUCUAUCUUUAAGACGCCCCUAUAAUAUAUAUUUUGGACAUUCCUGCUAUAUUCUUUGCUUUCUUUCUUGGAGGAUACAGCCGAACGUAGAAACGAAAUUUAGGUAUCGCGAAACCUGUAAUUUCCAAAAUAAUACUCAAUAGUAAUGCACGUUCUUUUUCUUUACGUCAAUACACAUAUAUUACAGCAGUGUAGUACCUAAGAAUUAUUGUAAAUAUAUAUAUUCGGACCUUCAUGUAGAAUUUCCCGAUUGGAAAUACGUCUGAUUCACUGUGUAAAUUUGUGCUCUGAUUAUUAUUGCGUGCAGCAUAUAUAUAUCCAUUAUAGUCUCGAAUGCAAUAAUAGCACUCAGUGAGCAAGUACGUCCUCUUUCAUAAAUGCAAGUGUAUAUUUAUACAUUUGUAAUAUACAUCCUUAUACAUAAAUAUACGAAACCUAUUGUGUCUGGUUAAAAGUUACGUUUAUAUAUUUUGUACUUGAUGAGCAUAUCAGCCUAAUAAAUAUAAAACUGCAAUAA